GGCUGGUGAGCUGACAGUCUCAGCGCUUGGAGCUUGGGUGUGUGAUGCUGCUAAACAUGAAAGCUCUGAUUUUUCUGGGUUUUUUCCUCCUGCCUCUGGCUGCUCAUGAGAAGGUCUAAAAAAGGUGUGAGCUGGCUGCAGCCAUGAAAAAGCUUGGGCUGGCUAACAUUCCAGGAUACUCUUUGGGAGAUUGGGUGUGUACAGCAAAAUAUGAGAGCAACUUUAACACAAAUGCCAUAAACCAUAACUCUGAUGGAAGCACGGAUUAUGGGAUUUUGCAAAUCAACAGCCGCUGGUGGUGCAAUGAUGGCAAGACUCCAGGAGCCAAGAAUGCAUGCAGAAUCCAGUGCACAGAGUUAAUGAAACCAGACAUUACUGCAACUGUUAAAUGUGCGAAGAGGAUUGUCAAAGAUCCACAGGGCAUGAACGCAUGGGUGGCCUGGAAGAAAUACUGCAAAGGAAAAGAUGUCUCCAAGUGGAUCAAAGGCUGCAAACUGUAAAAAAAGAGUUGGGGGCAUAACUGAGCUCAGCUCCUUUUCAAAAAGCAGUUUUUCACAUAAAGCAAAAUGCUCCCUCUCACUUGUUUCCCUUUCUAUAACAAAAUAAUAAAAUAAAUAAGUAAAAUAAAAAUAAAUUCAUAAGAAAGGCUUAUGGACUAAUUGGCAGAAUGCAAGUACUUUACUCAUUGCUGGUAAGACUGGAUAUUGCCACAUGACCGACUGAACAGACCUAUUUUGUGUUCAACCCCUUUGAACACUGAUUUCCUCUGCUAUUUGCAUGCAUCAUUUUGGCAGUGAAGUUCUGCUGCAAUUCUGUUUUGCUAUUCACUACCAGUAUGAUAUGUCAUCUGGUUUGAUAGCAUAAAUUCAUUAAUCAAUAAAA